AUGGCUGAAUUUAUCUUCGCGGAAUAUUGUGAUAUACUGGAUGUUGCAAAAAAAAAUUUCAGUUACGGGAAUACCGUUACUUUGAGGUUCGGACCCGACAUUUGUCCUAUCCGUAAGGGCCUUGUGACGCAAGAUUAUAAUUUAAUCCAAUUCAUCUUAAAUAGCAGGAAGCUAAUCAAAAAAUCUGAAAAUUACAUAUUUUUGAAGAAGUGGCUCGGAAACGGAUUAUUGAUAAGCGAUGGUGACUACUGGAAGAGACACAGGAAAAUUUUAACACCGGCUUUCCACUUCGAAAUCCUGAAAAAUUUCGUUGAAGUUUUCGAGGCUGCAGGAGAUGUUCUUAUGGAAAAAUUACAAAAAUACGAUGAAGUCGCUACAGUCGACUUAGACAUUUUAAUCACAUUGUACACGCUUGAUGUUAUUUGUGAAACCGCCAUGGGUACAAAAAUAAAUGCUCAAAGUGGUCAAAACAUCGCCUAUGUUGAAAGUGUACGAAAUAUGUGUAAAACUGUCAUUGAGAGAGCUUUUUCGCCAAUCAAAGUCUUCGAUCAACUCUAUUGGCUGACGGGAGACUACUAUAAACAACAGAAAGCUUUAAAAAUUUUACACGGUUUUACUUUGAAUGUGAUCAAUUCUAAAAAAGACAACCCUGUCAGAAAUGAUGAGAAAAAGACCGCUUUUUUGGACCUACUCUUGAAGUUUUCUCAAAAAGAUGAUGUGCUUAGUAUCUCUGAACUUCGUGAAGAAGUCGAUACUUUUAUGUUUGAGGGUCAUGAUACCACAGCGUCUGGAAUUUGUUUUGCGUUGUAUUGUUUAGCUGAUCAUCCAGAAGUCCAGGAAAAAGUUUUUCAAGAACAGAAAGAAAUAUUCGAAGACUGGAAGAACCCUGAAACGACUUACUCUGAUUUACAAAAGAUGAAAUAUUUGGAAUGCGUUUUGAAAGAAACUCUUCGUUUGUAUCCUUCAGUUCCCGUUAUUGGAAGGUAUACUACAGAGGAAAUGAAUUUUGAUGGUUAUGUAAUUCCAAAGAAUACUAAUAUUGUUAUUUUUAUUUACGGUUUACAUAGGAACCCAGAUUAUUUUCCCGAACCUGAAGAGUUCAAACCAGAAAGAUUCGAGAAUUUUAAUAAUUCGUUACCUUUUUCGAAUAUUCCAUUUAGUGCUGGACCUAGAAAUUGUAUAGGGCAAAAAUUUGCCAUGUUGGAAAUGAAAAGUGUCAUUUCGAAAAUUGUCCGUCAGUUCGAAAUAAAACCAACUGUUCCAAGGCAUGAAGUGCAGUUGUCUCCAGAGACUGUUUUAAAAUCGGGGAAUGGUGUCAAAGUAACGCUUAAGAAAAGGAAUUAAUGCAAUGGUGCUUACAUAUUCUAGGAAAAUAAUGUUUAUAACUAAAA